CACUUCUGAAAAGUACUAAGAUUGUUCAAAAUGUGAGCUCUUCAGCAAACAGUUUCAGGGAAGCUAUGUUUUUGCAUGCAGAACUACAACUGGGGAAAGGUAUUUUUUUUUUGAACCACAAGCCUCAGAAGCACCCAACAAACACAGCCACUGUGCUAGCUGCGGGAUGUGACAAGACUGGAAACUAUUUACCAAGAAGGUUACUGGUUUGCUAGCUUCCCAGUGGAACAUUCCCACUUUUGGAUUUGUUGGCCACACUGCCGUACUGGAUGAUUCAGUGCUGUAUGACACCUACAUCAAUCUUGUUUCCCCUUUGCAAAUGAUAGGGCAAGUACUGCAGAAAACACUUCAGUUUUUUGGUUGGAGAUAUGUGGGUCUCAUGGGAAGCUCGAGUGAUGUCUUCACUUGGGCUGAAAUGGAUGAACUGUGGUCAUCUGUAGAAAACCAGCUCCAAACCAACAUCACAGUCACUGCUAAGGUGAGAUACAAUACAAAAAACCAAGGCCUCCACCAAGAAAAGCUCAGCUACAUAACAUCUGUUGCAAGAAUUAUUGUUUUAAUCUGCAGUUCUUUGGAUGCAAGAUCCAUUUUGUUAGAAGCCAAAGAGCUAGGCAUGACAAAUGGGCCAUAUGUGUUUUUUGUCCUGCAACAAUUUGAGGAUAAUUUUUUUAAAGAAACUUGGAUUCACGAGAACAGCAACAUCCUAGAUGCCUAUCAUCCUGUAUUUCUGAUAGCCCUCCAGUCUUAUAGGGAAUAUAAGACCUAUUCUGAUUUUGUGAAUGAAGUCUAUGAAAAGCUGAAGGAUAAGCAACAUUCUUCUAGUUUUAUUUCUAUACACGAAGAGGUAAGUUCUUAUGCUGCCUACCUGCAUGAUGCAGUUUUGCUGUAUGCAUUAGCCAUAAAAGAAAUGUCAGAAAAGAAGAAGAAUUUCAGUGAUGGAAGAGCACUUAUCAACACUUUGAAAGGCUGCAAUAAAACCCUUGUGUAUGGUAGGUUUGGGACUUAAGACUGCCUGAGCACAUGAGAGGGCCAGUAACUCUGGGGCAGAUUAUUUACUAUGAAUGCAGAUGGACAUUCUAGACAUUCACUUUAAGCAGGGGAAGGAAGCUUUUUGUGAGACUUCCAUCAUACAAGUCUAAGCCAUGGGUUAAGCAGGUGAUAUGGCUAUAAUGAAAGUGAGUUUAAUGCAGCUUGUGAAGGGGAUUACUUUUUUUCUGCUCCUUUUUUAUCAUAAUGAUGCACUGAAAUGUGGUGAAUAUUCUAACACUCAUAUUUUGAAUAUCUUUCUUGUUUAGGCAUUACUGGUCCAGUGCACAUUGAUGAAUUGGGUGAGAGAAACAUGGAUUACUCUGUGUAUGAUCUCCAGGACUCUGGCAACUCAAAAUCCUUCCUUCCUGUUCUUAACUUUGAUAGUUACAAAAACACACUCAGGUGGGUUUCUGAGUGUUUAUGCACAUGUGGUUUGUAGUUGCAGCCUUUGUAUGGUAGAUUUAGCAUGCAAAAAAAUGUGAUUUAAAUUUAAUUUAUCCCUUGAAAGUAAAGCAUGUCACUUCUGAUUUUUGUAAAGGAGGACUGUGACCUGGUUGUACUGAUCCAUGUAGUUUUCAUGGCAAGAAUACUGGGGUGGGUUGCCAUUACCUUCUCCAGGGAUCGUAUUUAGUCUGUCCUCUCUGCCAACUUGUACGCAGAACACAUCAUGCGAUGUGCAGGGCUUGACGAUUCCAAGGCCAGAGUUAAAAUUGCUGGAAGAAACAUUAACAACCUUAGAUAUGCAGAUGAUACCACUCUGAUGGCCG